AUGCCAAAAAACAGCAGCAGCAGCAGCAACAGCAGCAGCAGCAGCAGCAGCAGUAGCAGCAGCAGCAGCAGCAGCAGGUUGUCCCACACGAGUCACCGAGUGACUCUCGUCUCUGCCUCAGCAGCAGCAGCAGCAGCAACCGCAGCAGCAGCAACAAAAGCAGCAAUAACAUUGGCAGCAGCAGCACUUGCAGCAGCAGCAGCAGCAGCAAUUGCAGCAGCAGCAGCAGCAGCAGCAAUAACAGCAGCAGCAGCAGUCACGGGUCGCCCAGUGUUGCCUGAGAUUUGCGCUGCCUUGUCUGCAGCAGCUUCCAGCAGCACGAGCAGCAGCAGCAGCAGCAGCAGCAGCAGCAGCAACAGUGGCAGGCUCACAAUCGGGCCACUAGCGGCAGCAGUUGCUGCAGGACCCAAUCACCAAGACCAGCAGCAGCAACAGCAGCAGCAGCAGCAGCAGCAGCAACAGCAGCAGCAGCAGCAGCAGCAGCAAGAAUGCUGCAGCCGCAGCAGCAUCUGGCGUUCGCCCUGCUGGGCGAACGUGGAGAAGCCAAAUAUGCAGAUCAAAGACAAGGCCUGCAGCAGCAGCAGCAGCAGCAGCAGCAGCAGCAGCAGCAGCAGCAGCAGCAGCAGCAGGAGCAGCAGCAGCGACACGGAGAAGGCUGCUGCUGCAGCAGGGGGUAAAGACACCUGCAGCAGCAGCAGCGACGCCUCUGGCCUCCGCCAACGCCACAAAGAGCCCGCAGAAGAAGAAGACAGCAGCAGCAGCAGCAGCAGCAGCAGCAGCAGCAGCAGCAGCAAAGAAUGGAAGAGAGACAGGUCUCUUUUUUCUCGGGGCACUACUUACCUCAGCAUGCGCAUUGUCUCCUUUUUGCUGCCAUCGAUGUGGCUUGUUAAUUCAUUUCUGCUGCUGCAGCUGCUGCGGCGGCUGCUGCAGCUGCAGCAGCAGCAGCAGCAGCAGCAGCAGCAGCUGCAGUUCCGCUGCAGCGACCUGCUGCUCGGGCUGUACGGACUCUAUGCAAUUGCUUGCUGCUUCGCAGCAGAAGAGAUAGGAGCACUUCUGCUGCCCUCACGCUGGGUCCGCAGCUGGGCUUUGUGGAUCGAAGCAGCAGAAUACUUUCCUGUGUCUGUCGUCACAGAGUCUCCCCAGGCUCAUUACCCCGCAGACAAAACCUACCUCAUUGGCUUCCACCCCCAUGGAGUGCUAGGUUUCUCUUCCUUUUUGGGUUGGGGCACAUGCACUAAAAGGCCCUGGAUUGAUGUUAGACAAUUUAUGCCAGGAAUUGACAUUCGGCUGACCACAAUUGCCAUUAAUAUGCGGCUGCCCUUUUGGGGCCAUUUGCUGCAAGCUGUUGGCUUCAUGAACAGCAGCAAAGAAACCAUCAGGGGGUUUCUAACUGGGGGCCCCGGGCGGGCCGUGCUGGUCAUCGUGGGCGGGGCCAAAGAGGCCCUUUUGGGGGCCCCUGGCCGCAACGAUUUGGUGCUGCAGCGGCGGAAGGGUUUUUUCGAAAUUGCGCUGCAAACGGGAUCUUCCCUUGUCCCCGUGUUUUCGCUGGGGGAGAACGAAAUGUACGAAAAGAUAAAAGGAGACAAUUUAGUUUGCCGCUCUUUGCAGUUUUUGUCUCGGAAGACAAUGGCGUUGUUUGGCUUCUCCUUGCCCCUUUGCUACGGGCGCGGCUUGCUGCAACUGACGAUGCCCAAGCGGGUGAAGAUCCUCGAAGUUGUUGGAGACCCCAUUCCUUGCAAACGCAUCCCAAACCCUACUCAGAAGGACAUAGACGAGCUUCGUCAGCGGUACUGCGAGGCUCUACGGAGAGUUUACAACAAAGCAAAGGGUUUGGUGGUUGUUGGAGCUGCGCAGAUUGCCUACGGCCCUGAAGGGCAAUUCGAGGACCUUCGCAUCGUGGAGUAA